AUGACGGUUAGUUCAUCUACUAUUGUUGGUGCAUUAGCAUGCCAAAAAAAUUCAUUUUUGAAAACUUUACAAACUGUUGUGAUAUCAUGCUUUGAACAUAAACCCCAGAGCGCCCAAGAUAAGCAGAAUAAGAAUAAGAAGAAAGCAAAUGAAAAUAUUGAUGAAUCAGAAAAGAAAUUGUAUGCUGUUGAAUUAGCUGAUACCAUUUUAUUUCCAGAGGGAGGUGGACAACCAUUUGAUUUUGGCUCUAUCAUCUUACCAAAUGAUACGAGACUUCCAGUGAAAAUGGUCUUACGAAACCAACUAACAGCACUUCACAUAGUUCCCAACCCCAUUGAUCCAGGAACAAAAGUUACUUUGCAAGUAGAUUGGGAUAGAAGAAUAGAUCUUAUGCAACAGCACACUGGCCAGCAUUUAUUAUCUGCAGUUUUAGAUACAUAUGAUUUAGAAACUUUGAGCUGGUCUUUAAAUGAAAUGAUUAAUUAUGUUGAGCUACCCAGAAAGGUUAGUGAUGAAAUUGUCGAGGAAGUUAAUAAAAAGGUGAACGAUUACAUAUUGGAAGGAUUGCCGAUUAAAGUGGUUACGCCUGAUGAGCACGGGGAAGAAAUAGAUACGUCCAAUAUACCUGAUGAUUAUGAUACGUCUAAGGGUAUUAUUAGAAUAGUCAAGAUCGGAGAAUUAGAUUCGAAUCCAUGUUGUGGCACUCACUUGUCAUCAACUUCACAGAUUCAAGCCAUUUCCUUGUUACAUCAAGUUAACGUUAGAGGGGGAAACUCACGUUUACAUUUCAUCUGUGGUUCAAGGGUUUACAAGUAUUUGAUAAAGCAACAUCAGAUUUUAAAAGCUGUAUCCGGUGGCCAGUUAUCAUGCCAAAUUGAAGAGGUGGCUGAAAAAGUUAGUGCAUUGAAUUUAAACUACAAGAAAUCCACUUCUAAAGAGUCGAAUUUGUUAAAAGAGUUAGCUGGAAUUGAAGCUGUUAGAAUAUUUAAGAUACUUAAAGAAAAGAGCGGUCAAACCGAAUUCAUUUAUAGAUCUGAUAAUAGUCCUGAAUUUAUUACAGCUUUUCAAAAAGAAUUAAGUACAUUAAUCAAAGAGAGUAAAGAUUGUGGAAUAGAUUUAGAUAAAAAUCAGACUGUUGUAUUAUUGAAUGGAGACUUUUCAUCGGGUGCAGGAGGAAUGGUUAAAAUAAUGGGACCAAGAUCUGCUGAAAUCCAGGCUGAAUUGAAACAGAGGAUCUCUGGAUUGAAAGGUGGUGGUAAAGGUAGCACAUUCCAAGGCAAAGUACCUAAAUAUGAAAAAGGUGAAUUAGAAUCAGUUUUAAACUAUUUAGAGCAAUUGUGUGAUAAAUAA